UCUGCCCAGACAUCUUAGACACUUCCUAGGAGGAACUACGAGAGAAGUUGUAAUGUCAGCCAGGUAGAUGACCACGCCUCUUCUCAUCGAUUUUUAAGACCACUCAUGUACUCCAGAUUAUGGAUUUCUAUGAUAAACAACGUGCAAUACAAUGGACUCGUUCAUCAGAUAUAAUAUCUAACUCUCCUGCUGGACUGGAACAUCUGGUUGGGGUAAAUCAAUUAAUAGUGUGCCAACGUUUUGAUUUGGAAGUCCCUGAUUGUUUGAAAAGUAGUAAAACCUAUGAAGUCAUGAAUAAUCAAGGACAGAGAAUUUAUUUUGCAGAAGAGAGAAAUAAUUGGUUCCUCCAUCACCUUUGUGGGAUUUCAAGGCCUUUUACCCUGAAAAUUUAUGACAAUGUAGGUCAAAUUAUAAUUACUAUGCACAAAGCUCUAAGAUGUACCUGCUGUUGGAGUAGCUGCUGCCUUCAAAAGCUAGUAGUCAAAGCUCCUCAUGGUGAAGAAAUUGGAUAUGUUUGUCAAUAUUUUCACCCAUUUCUUCCAAAGUUUAAAAUAAAAAACAAGAAUAAUAAAGACAUCAUGAAAAUCAGAGGGCCGUGUUUGGUUUCCAACUGUCUCUGGGAUCUAAAUUUUCGUUUAUUAUCUCUGGAGGAAGAAAUUGUUAUUGGAAAUAUUUCAAAGCCUUGCACCAGUUCUGUGGGGGGAUCGCUAACAGAUGCUGAUAAAUUUAGAGUCCAGUUUCCAAUGGACCUUGAUAUUAAAAGUAAAGCACUGAUCCUUGGAGCAAGUUUUCUCAUUGACUACAUGUAUUUUGAAGUCUGGCCGUAAGAAUCAACCCUAAGGACUAUGGCAGAGAUUACUUGAACUACGUGUUACCAGCUACCAGCAAAAUUAAAUAACCUACCUCCAACA